AUGGCGACGCCCGACACUAAGGAUGUCUUCUAUGACGAGAAUGGAGUGCUCGAAGUUUUGCCCAUGCGCGAUUGGACGGCUGAGGAGGAAAAGAAAGCCAAGCGCAAGCUCGACCUGAUCAUCAUGCCUCUUCUCACUCUAGGCUUCUUCUGCUUGCAGCUCGACCGCGGCAACAUCGCCAAUGCGAUUACCGAUAACUUCAUGAAAGACGUCGGCAUCGACCAGGAUCAAUUCAAUGUUGGACAGCAGAUGCUUUCCUUGGGCAUCGUGCUCUUCGAGAUCCCCGCCAACAUGGCCCUGUACCGCGUCGGUCCGGGCAAGUGGCUCACACUCCAACUCUUCCUGUUCGGCACUGUCAGCACGUUUCAAGCCUUCCAGACAAACUAUGCAUCCUUCAUUUCAACUCGGUUCUUGCUUGGUAUUACCGAGUCUGGAUUCAUCCCAGGUGGUCUGUGGACACUAUCGACUUGGUAUACGCGAUCGGAGACCGCGAAGCGCGUCAUGAUUUUCUACUUCGGUAAUCAAUUCGGCCAAGCCUCUGCCAAACUGCUCGCGUAUGGUAUUCUACACAUGCGCGGAGUAGGAGGUAAGCCCGGAUGGUUCUGGCUCUUCGUCCUCAUGGGUGGCUUCACCAUCCUCAGUGGCUUUGUGCUCGGUUUCUGCCUUCCCGACUCGUUCAAGAAACCCUCUCCUACUUUCCUGCCCAAGUGGAAGGUCUUCACUGAUAGGGAGAUUCAUAUCCUCCGCAGCCGUGUGCACAUCGACGAGCCUGCGAAGAGCAGGAAAAAGAAGAAGAUUGGACCCGCUGCGUUCAAGAAAGCCGUGAUUCACCAACUGGCGCAUGUGCGUGCCUUCGAUACCUAUGCCCCGUCCAUAGUACGAUCGUUUGGCUUCGGACAACUCCGGGCAAACGCCAUGGCUGCAGUUGGUCUCUUCCUCCAAAUCCCCGUGUCCUUCACGUUUAGUUGGUACUCGGAUUAUUAUAACCGACGUGGCGAGGCCGUCAUGGCCGGCUUCACCUGUCAUUUAAUUGGCUACAUAUUCAACCGCAUCUUCACCGAGAUCAACAACCGUGGCGUACGAUACUUCGGCGUGGUCUGGACGCAAGUCUUCGGCACAUUCUCUCACCCGCUCAACAUCGCGUGGAUGUCGCUCACGUGCACUGACUCGGAGGAGCGAGCUCUUUCCAUGGCUUUGGUUAUCAUGGGUGCCAACAUCGCCGGUAUAUACGGUGCCCAAAUCUUCCGCAACGACGAUCGACCCCGCUACCGCCGCGGCUUUGCUGUUGCUUGCGCAGUCCUCGCUGUGGGUCUCCUGCUGGCGAUUGUCCGCUUUGUCGAUAACAAAAUUCGUAAUCGUGGCAAGGCGCAGACUCUUGAAGACUCUUCUUCUACCGAAGAUGUUGCUCGGGUUACGCCUGUUGUUCCAGCUGAGGAUGUUCCUGCUCCGAUCGUUGGUGGCAGGAAGGCUUCGAUUUAG